AAAAAACAGUAAACUUGCAAUAAAGUUAAUAGAUAGAAAUGAGCUCCCCUUUGUCUUCUAAAUACGAAAUUUACAAGAAGGAUAAUGAGAUCCGUGCUAAGGGUCCCAUUGGUGAUGAUGCUCCUAUGCGUUUGAGAAUGGAAGCUUAUGUUAAAGAUCUCCAAAGACGUAUUGUUGAAGGCAUUGAAGAAGUCGAUGAUAAAGGUAAAUUUAUUCGUUCUGUUUGGGAAAGACCUGAACAUGGUGGUGAAGGCAUUACUUGUGUUAUGCCCGGUGGUGAUGUUAUGGAAAAGGCAGGUGUUGCUGUCUCUGUUGUCUAUUCUGAACUCUCACCUGAAGCUAUCCGUCACAUGCGUGAAGAUCGUGGUAAGUGUAUUGAUGUUGAAGGUGUCGUUCCCUUCUUUGUUACCGGUAUCUCUCUUGUCAUGCACGCCAAGAACCCUAAUGCCCCUACUGUUCACUUGAACUAUCGUUACUUUGAAGUCAUGAACCCUGAUGGCACUCCUAAGAUUUGGUGGUUCGGUGGUGGAGCUGAUUUGACUCCUAUUUAUCUUUAUGAAGAGGAUGCUGUUUUCUUCCAUCAAAUCUAUAAGGAAGGAUGUGAUAAAUUUGAUAAGGCCUAUUACCCUGAAAUGAAGAAGGCCUGUGAUAAGUAUUUCUUUAAUGCUCAUCGUGGUGAAGGUCGUGGUAUUGGUGGUGUCAUCUUUGAUGAUUUCAACACUAAACCUGCUGAAGAAAUUUUCCCUCUCAUCAGGGAACUCGGUGAUCGUUUCUUGCCCUCUUAUGUUCCUAUCUUGAAGAAGCGUAAGGAUAUGCCCUUCACUGAGGAAAUGGUUCACUGGCAACAAAUUCGUCGUGGUCGUUAUGUGGAAUUUAACUUACUCUGGGAUCGUGGUACCAAGUUCGGUCUUGCUACUCCCUGUGCUCGUGUUGAAUCCAUCAUGAUGACUCUUCCCCUUACUGCUCGUUGGGAAUACAUGUACUCUCCUGAACCUGGAACCAGAGAAGCUGAACUCGAAGAAGUCUUGAAGCAUCCCAGAGACUGGAUUCCUCUUAACUAAAAUCCUCUUGUUAUUUUUAUUUAGUCACCACUUUAUUUCUCUCCCUUCAUACAUACAUACAUACAUACAUGCAUGUUUUUUUUUCUUUGUAUAAUUUUUGUAAAUUUACUUUAUGUACAUUUAGUCUUGUUUUUUAAAAAAUAAAAUAAAAUAAAAUAG